AUGCCCACCUUCACCUAUGGCACCAGGGCCCAUACCAUUGCGUUCCUGGGCCGGACUUACACCUGGCCCUUCGUCCUGGCCGACUUAAGGACCCCUCUCCUGGGGGCGGAUUUCCUUGCCCACCACGGCCUCUUGGUGGACGUGGCCCUCCAGCACCUUCUCGAUACCGAGACCUGCCUCUCCUGCUCACUUGCCAGAGGGCCAAGAGCGCCCACCAUCUGCUCCAUCCUUCCCCACCACAGAUACACCUCCCUUCUUCAGGAGUUUCCGAACAUCUUCCACCCUGAGCUUCACCAGGUGGCUGGGGCCACACCCAAGAACGGUGUCUUCCACCAUAUUGAGACCAAGGACCCCCCAACACAUGCUAAGUUCCGCCGUCUCCCACCGAAGCUCCUCCAGGAAACCAAGACCAUGUUCAAAGAAAUGGAGAAGAUGGGGAUCUGUAAAAAGGCAGUGAGUCUGUGGUCAUCCCCCCUCCACAUGGUCAAGAAGGCAGACAACACAUGGAGACCUGUGGUGACUACCAGCGCCUGA